UCGAGGCGGAAACAGAGCGACAAAAAAAUUAAAAGAAAAAAAAACUUUAAUUUCAAAACAGAAAAAGAAAAAGAAAAAAAAAAAAAAACAAAGAGAGAGAAAAAGAAUUGAGAUUUCCAAUAGAAAGAGAAAGGAACCGUGUCUGUAACCAGAGGUCAAACUCUCCCAAAACGACACCACCACCGCAACCACCACCACCACCACAACAAUACGCCACCGUUCACUCUCCGGCCAACUCCACCACCGCCGCCGCCAUGUCCUUCCUUUUCUUAUGCUGAUUCCCGAUCGCCCUCCGCCCUGGUCCAUUUCUCCGGUGACGGCCGGGUUAUCCAGCCCCCCCUUUCUCUUUUGCUUCUGAUUUUAUUAUGAAGAGCUACGCUAAGGUUAACAGCAACAACAGCAGCACUAACAACAAGACCGCCAACGGAUUUCUUCCUAAUUCUUUGAAAUUCAUUUCUUCCUGUAUUAAAACUGCUUCUUCCGGUGUCCGCUCCGCCAGUGCUUCCGUCGCUGCCUCCAUCUCUGGCGACGCGCACGACCAUAAAGACCAGGUAUUAUGGGCUGGAUUUGACAGACUUGAGCUCAGUCCAUCCUUCUUCAAACAUGUGCUCUUAGUUGGCUAUACAAAUGGUUUUCAAGUUCUUGAUGUUGAAGAUGCUCCCAAUGUCAGCGAACUGGUUUCAAGACGGGAUGAUCCAGUCACAUUCUUGCAGAUGCAGCCUCUUCCGGCCAAGUCUGAUGGUCAGGGAGGCUUUGGAGCAUCACAUCCUAUUCUUUUGGUGGUUGCAUCUGAUGAGACCCAGAGUUCAGGUUUGAUGCAAAGUGGCAGAAAUGGGUUGGUGAGAGAUGGAUAUCCUGGUCAUUCAGAUCACAUUGCCCUCUCCCCAAUGGCUGUUAGGUUUUACUCAUUAAAAUCUUGCAGUUAUGUCCAUGUUCUGAGAUUUCGCUCAACUGUAUACAUGAUAAGAUGCAGUCCCGAAAUUGUGGCUGUUGGUCUUGCAUCACAAAUUUAUUGUUUUGAUGCUCUCACCCUUGAGAGUAAAUUUAGUGUUCUCACUUAUCCAGUUCCUCAAUUGGGUGGCCAAGGAACAUCUGGGGUUAAUAUUGGCUAUGGACCUAUGGCCGUGGGUCCUAGAUGGUUAGCUUAUGCUUCCAACAACCCUUUGCAGUCAAAUACUGGCCGUUUAAGUCCACAGAGUCUUACACCUCCUGGUGUAAGCCCAUCAACGUCACCUAGCAGUGGAAGUUUGGUGGCCCGAUAUGCCAUGGAAUCUAGUAAGCAUUUAGCUGCUGGGUUAAUUAAUUUGGGUGACAUGGGUUAUAAAACGUUGUCUAAAUACUAUCAAGAGCUUGUACCUGAUGGUUCCAACUCUCCACUAUCAUCAAAUUCAAGUCGGAAAGUUGGUCGGCUGGCAUUACAUUCAACAGAAUCAGAUGCUGCUGGAAUGGUUGUUGUGAAAGAUUUUGUCUCCAAAGCUGUUAUAUCACAAUUUAAGGCUCACUCAAGUCCAAUUUCUGCUCUUUGUUUUGAUCCAAGCGGGACCCUUCUAGUCACCGCCUCAACCCACGGUAGCAAUAUUAACAUUUUUAGGAUUAUGCCAUCCUGCAUACAAAAUGGAUCGGGCACCCAAAGCUAUGAUUGGAGCUCCUCCCAUGUGCACCUUUAUAAGCUUCAUCGUGGCUUGACAUCAGCUGUAAUACAAGACAUUUGUUUUAGCCACUAUAGUCAAUGGGUAGCUAUUGUUUCAUCCCGGGGAACUUGCCACAUUUUUGCUCUGUCACCUUUUGGAGGCGAAACUGUUCUUCAAAUGCACAAUUCUUUUGUUGAUGGGCCAAAUCUCAUACCAGCUUCAUGUGUCCCUUGGUGGUCAACUUCAUCUUUCAUCACAAACCAGCAAUCCUUUUCUCCUCCUCCUCCUCCUCCUCCUCCUCCUGUCACUCUUUCUGUGGUUAGCAGAAUAAAAAAUUGUAACUCAGGUUGGCUUAAUACUGUUAGUAUGGCUGCUGCUUCUGCAUCUGGAAAGGUUUCCAUCCCGUCGGGUGCUAUUUCUGCUGUUUUCCAUAGUUGUAUACCUCAGAAUUUGCAAUCUCCUCAAUCAAGUUCGAAUACUUUGGAACAUCUGUUGGUGUAUACUCCUUCUGGCCAUGUGAUUCAACAUAAACUGCUUCCAUCAAUGGGGGGAGAAUGUGGUGAAACUGUUUUGAGAAGUCCAAAUGCUUCAAUGCAGAUGAAAGAUGAGGAACUGCGAGUGAGAGUUGAACCUAUUCAAUGGUGGGAUGUUUGCCGAAGAGCUGCUUGGCCAGAGAGAGAGGAAUGCAUAUCUGCAGUUACUCUCAGGAGAAAAGAAACUGUCGAACCUGUUGAGGAUACAUCCUACGUACAGGAGAAUCAUCUUGAAAACCAGGAGUUGGUAAAGCCACAUGACCGUUCUCUCUUGUAUCUAUCCAAUUCUGAGGUGCAGAUAAACUCUGGGAGGACACCUAUCUGGCAGAAAUCCAAGGUACAUUUCUAUACAAUGAGUUUUCCUGGGUCUAAUGAGCAAAGUAGCAUGAAAGAUCACAUGAAUGGGGAGAUUGAGAUAGAGAAAGUACCUAUUCAUGAGGUUGAAAUAAAGCGGAAGGACUUGCUUCCAGUUUUCGACCAUUUCCGUGGGAUACAGUCUGACUGGCUUGAUAGGAGCCAUGCUAGAGCAAGAAGCUCUAGCCCAAGUUUGGAUUUUCAUACCGCUGGAAUGGAUUAUUCAGAAGGUGUUAUCAUUUCAGAUUUAAAGUUGGACUCACCUGGCUUGGAGGAAACUUCAGAUGGUAUAUCUUAUCCACCCAUAGCCAAGUCUGUGGGUGACAUUAAGAUGGAAGAAAAGGAUGGAUCUGUUUUGCCCUCACCAGUAAUGAAAGAAAACUCUUUCCAGGAGCGGGCAUCGGUUUCUUCUAAACAAUCUAGCACUGGACUUUCCCCAGUUGAAGGCAGUGAUUUUACUAACAGCCCGUCAACUGUAACAAGUUGCUCACUCUCCACUGAUAGAACUAUUUUAGAAGCGGUUCAGUCAUCAAAAUGUGGAGGGGCCAGUGAGGGCUCAAAUACAAGUUCAAACCGUUCUGAUGUGAGUAUGAACAUUCUUGAUGAGGGACCAAUGGGUGACUCAUUUGAUUACGAACCAUUCUUUCAAGAGGAGUAUUGUAAAGCAACGGGUCUUAGUAACUGCCGUGACCCAGCGGAAGCUGUAACUGACGACAUGGACAGUAGUGGUAGUCCCCAUUACAGGGAGAAAUGUGAGGAAGAUGGGGACACUGAUGACAUGCUUGGUGGUGUAUUUGCUUUCUCUGAGGAAGGAUAGUACUCCUUUGCAUGUCAUAAUGUGCUGGAGUACUCGAUUGUUGGAUUCGAAAUGGCUGAGAGAGAACCGUCUGCUGGUUGUCGUCGUGGUGAUAGAGCGUCGUAUCCUAAUUGAUAAAACUAAGCUUGUUGGGUUUCAACAACUACAAUUCUACUGACAAAUAGAAGUGAUAUGUUUAUUGAUGGGUAGCACUGGUGGAACUGAUACCUGGUUUCCUCUUUCCUCCCUUUUGAUUCUCUGUGUACAUACUGUAAAUUCAAAAUUCAUAGUUCAAAUGAUUUGUGUGGUCAGGUUCUUACCAAUGCUGUGUAAUAUUAUUAUUAUUAUUCAUUCUUCGAAGAAAAAUGAAAAAAAAAAAGGAAAAUAAAGUGGAAAAUGAAUAGUUUAUUGCUGUACAAUAUUUAUCUUAUUAUUCAGGGUUGUUUGGAAAUA